AUGGCGGAAACGGUCGGAUAUGCUUCGGCAAGCGAGCCGCCAAAGACUUCGAUCCAACGGGUCAUGACCGACCAUGGCAAUAAGGCAGAGCGAUUGCUUCGUGUUGAUCAAAUAUACAGCAGAAAGGACCGCCAGGUCCAUUUUAUCAAGACAGCAAAGGCACGUUCCAAGCCCGAUCGCUUCAGCAAGACUGCUCUUGUGGUGCGUCGGGUCAUCUCGAAACAGGGCAUGGUCUCGCACAGCGAAAUCGAUGUCAGGUCGCCCCUACUGCAGGACCUAUUGAAGGGGCUAUACAAGGGCGUUGACGGCCUCGCAUUAAACAAGUCUCCUCCAGUGGCCACACCGCGACUGCUAUUCUGGGCAGCACCGCAUUUGCUGCGGGUCAAGGAGGAAGAAAAGCUGAAGCAACAACCAGACCAACAGCUCGUUAACGAUAUUGGGACGGCCCUGCGUUUCGUCGACGAGGACUACCACGCUGAGAGCAGUAGCCUGAAAUCAAUGCUGGAGAAUAACGAGGUUACCUGGGAGCUGCUAUGGGCGGUUUUCCCCCCAAAGGAGGCCGUUCUCGCACCCAGGUACGGGGUUAUGAAGCAGGAGCAGGCAUUCAAGCUGUCGGAUUCGACCUAUUCCGAACGAGAGAAUAGGUCGCGCUACUUUGUCGUCCAGGGCUCGAUUAUUCGUACUGACGGCCGGGACUUUGGCUUUGGAACGAUUGAAGUGGAGAUUGAUCAGUAUGAAGGGGCUCGCAAGUUAAGCAGCCUCGACGCUUUCCCUCUGUCCCAUCAUGCAGAUGAGAAGGCCAUUCGCGAGCGACUCGUUGCGCGAGGGAAGAAGUAUCUCUCCCUGUUCGACCAGCCUGCAUGCAGGGACUAUCCCGUCACCUACGCGGCCAAAGAAAUCAUCCAGCCGGAUGGGAAACCGGCCCUAGAGAAAUUGAACGCUCAGGGAAGAGUCAUGGUCGACCCUGAAGGGUACUAUCUGCAUAACACCUCGUCGAUACUGAAUGACCCAGCGGUAUUCUUGGAAGACGUACGAGACCCGCACACCUUGCUCGAGGAUGAGAUCAUAUUCUGUGCAGCAGAAAUCAAUGGAUUCAGCUUCACACAAAAGGAAUGGUGUCAAGUUGCCGUCGCUGGCCUGACUGAGAUUGUGUGGAACCUAGAUGCGUUCCAGAGGCUCGUUAUGGACGAGAACCGUCGGCGCCUUAUUCACGGGCUAGUCAAAGCGCACCGGCAUGAAGACGCUUCAUUCGAUGACAUUAUAGCGAACAAAGGCCAGGGCUUGAUUGCCCUGUUGACUGGAAGUCCUGGUGUUGGCAAGACGCUGACCGCGGAGGCCGUCGCAGAGGUCACUCAAAGACCGCUCUAUGUAGUCGCAACUGGAGAACUGGGAGUUAAUCCUGAUGCUGUCGACCGCCGGCUGCAAACGAUCCUGGAGAUAACGCGACGGUGGGGGUGUGUGCUUCUGAUUGAUGAAGCUGAUGUCUUUCUCGCAGCUCGAGGCAAGGAUUUCGCUCGCGAUGCUCUGGUCAGCGUCUUCCUCCGCCGACUCGAAUAUUUCCGCGGAGUAGCCAUUCUCACUACAAACAGAAAGGACAACCUGGAUGAAGCUUUCAAGAGUAUCCCUAUCCACAGCCUUAUCCCAACGGGCUCUGCUGACAGAACACUUACAGGUCGAAUCCAUUUCACGGUGCAUUACCCAGACCUCGACGAGCACAGCCGCAAGGAAGUGUGGAAGAACUUCAUGACGAACGUGGCAAGGACAUCCGAACUUUCCAAGUUCACAGAAGAGGACUUUGUGGCGCUCUCGCGACACAGGCUUAAUGGACGCCAGAUCAAGAAUAUUGUUUCUUGUGCUGUCUCCCUUGCGCGCGAGGAGAACAAGCAUAUAUCCAUUCAAGAUAUUGAGGCUUUGAUGGAGAUUCUGGUGAAUUGA